UGAAGACUUUGGAAUGAGUUCUACGAGGUUGAAGCUGCCAUUGUACGUCAAAAGGUCUUUUUUUUAUUGUUUUUUUUUUUUGUUUUCCUUUAAGGCCAAAAAAGUAACCUGGCUACCCAUUUACGCGAAAUCUUCAUCACAGUAAGGGGUUUCUCUCAUCCAAAAAUUGGAGGCUCUCUCUCUGUUCGUGGUAGGUGAAUGGCUGAAUUUAAACCUUGCUCUCUUAUUUGAGAAAGAAUACAAUGGUCAUCCACAACCAAAUUCUGAGAUGGCUGAAGAAACCAAAGGUACUAAAAUUUGUAUGUCUUACUUCAUCUGUUGUUGGGCUGUUAUGUUAUGCUCUCAGUUCCUCUUUCAACUAUUUACUGGGAAACUGGAGCUGGUGGAAGAUGCUUCUUUAUAUUGUUUUCAGUUUCAUCAUUUGUCUAGCCAUCUUGUUCACACCGGCAAGGUCAAGCUCCACCUCUUUCCGGCUGGAAUCUCAUUUGGCAUUUUUGGUUCUUAUANUCACUUCUGUUUGUUCCUUUUUGUUUGAUAACGUGGUGAAGGGAAAACCAGAUGCAUACAACGUCAUCUCUUGGGCUGCUUUUGCUACUAUGUCGCUUGGCUUGUCAAAUNUCAGUCAAUUUGGAUUCCANAUUGAUCUACUAUAUUUCUUCUGCGGAGGUCUAACAGUACAACUCAUGAAGAUCAAAUUGUGGUUAGUCACUGUUGGAGGGGGUUUCAGUUAUUCCCUCCUCCAGCUUCGUUACUAUCCGAGCGACACAGACGGGGAGAACCUUCGGCCCGAGGACCACAAUCAAGUAAUCGUUCAAGUUAAUGAUUCAGGGAGUGUUAAUGCUGAUGUUGAUAGUACUCAAGGCACCUCACCUGAAGAUGGGGAUCUUAGAUUCCAAGACCAUCUACUCACUCAAAGCAAUUCAUCUUCACAAGAUGGAAGCGUUGAUGAUGGUCUUAUCAUCCAACAACAGCUCAUCAAUUGUAUAAAGGAGCUUGAGAAGGAGAAUCAUAUGCUUGUUUACAUGGUUUGUAGUCACGUGGACAAAUACCUUAAAGCCGUGUUCGACUCCAAAGAAGUACCGGAUCCUGACAUCAACUUAGUGAUGGAUGCACUUCCAUCGGAAAUUAUGAGGCGCCUUAAGGAAACCGUGAAGCUGAUGGUGGAUGGAGGUUUUAAGGAGGAAUGCAGCGACAUUUACAACAAAUGGCGAAAGGAGUUUCUGGAACAGUGUCUGCAGAAACUUGGGUUGCAAAUUGAAUUGCAAUUUGAAGAGUCCAACGAAUGGAAGAUUAUGAACUGGUUAGACACGUGCAAGGUAGCGGAGAAGAUAAUGUUUCCCAAUGAAAGGAAACUCUGCGAUUACCUCUUUUCAGGGUUUUCUGUCGCUGCGGAUGUUUCCUUCGAUAAGGUUUGCGAGGAACUGACGAUUGGUUUAUUAAGUUUUGUCAAUACCACCAUAACAAUUGGGAGCUAUUUGCCGGAUCUUUUGCUCGACUUCUUUCCUAAAAUGUCGAAGUCAUUGGGCAAGCUGNUUCUGAAUUUCACUUCAGAGACGUCGUUUGUAGAUGAUAUUCAAGACGUUCNGCAAAGAUUGGCUAUGCUAAACAACUUUGGGCUUAUUGUUUACGCUAAUAAUGUGCAGGCACCAGUCACCGUCAGAGGGCUUCAUCUAAUUACUAUGGAAGCAAUGGAUUACAUCCAUCGGAUAACAAAGAAGAGGGCUGACCGAUCUGACAGCAUCGGAAAUUUUUUAUUUUGGGUGAUGAUAGNAAGGAUGAUUGAGUUGUUAGAGAAGGANUUGGUAGCNAAGUAUGAAAACUACUAUCCUAACCCUGCAUUGGGCCAUGCUUUUAUGAUNAAUAAUCUCAGUUACAUAGAACAAAAGACGCGUGAUUUGAAAUUGAACGAUGAUUGGUUUCGACAAAACGCAACAAAGGUGGAACAAUACUGCAACGUGCAUCUAAGAAAUAAGUCACAACAAGCUAAUGCUGAUGUUGAUAGUACUCUUGGUAACUCAGUAGAAUAUCUGAGAAGGAUUUCACAACAAGCUAAUGCUGAUGUUGAUACUUCUCUUGGUAGCUCACCAGAAGAUGGGGAUCUUAGAUUUCGAAGCCAUCUACUCAUUCAAACCAGUUCACAUUCACAAGAAGAUGUUCGUAUCAUCCAACAACUCACGAACUGUGUAAAGGAGCUUGAGAAGGAGAAUCAGAUGCUUGUUCCCAGGGUUUGUAGUCAUGUGGACAAAUACCUUAAAGCCGUGUUUGACUCCAAAGAAGUACCGGAUCCCUAUAUUAACUUGGUGAUGGAUUCACUUCCAUCGCAAAUUAUGAGGCGCCUUAAAGAUACCGUGAUGCGGAUGGUGAAUGCAGGUUUCAUGGAAGAAUGCAGCCAAAUUUACAUCAAAUGGCGAAGGGAGUUUCUAGAACAAUGUCUGCAGGCACUUGGGUUGCAAUUUCAGACGCCCAGCAAUGACGAUUUUGAGAAGUGGUUAAAAACGUGCAAGGCAGCUGCAAAGGUACUAUUUCCUAAUGAAAAGAGACUCUGCGAUUAUCUCUUUCCAGAGAGACGUUUUGAUGCGGAUGUCUUCUUCGAGAAGGUUUACAAGAAACUGACGACUUGUCUACUGAGUUUUGCCGAUAUCACCAUAACAACUGAGAGCCAUUUGCCGAAUCUUUUGUCCAACAUCGUCCCUAAAAUGUUGGAAUCAUUGCACGAACUGACAGGGGAGAUCUCAGAGAUGUGUUUUCCCAAAUUGUCGUGCGUACCUGAUCUUGAAGACUUUCGGAAAAAAUUGUCUAUUUUAUGCAGUUUGAGGAAUACUAUUUACACUAAUAAUGUGCAGGCACCUGUUACUCACGGAGGGCUUCAUCUGAUAACUUGGGAAACAAUGAACUACAUCCUUAAUAAUUCUGACAACAUCGGAUAUUCUUCAUUUUGGGUGGUGAUAGGAAGGAUGAUUGAGUUGUUAGAGAGCGAGUUGGAAGUAAAGUCUAAAGACUACUACGCCGACUCCGCAUUAGGCUAUAUUUUUAUGAUCAAUAAUCUCAGCUACAUAGAACAAAAGACGCGUGAUUUAAAAUUCCACGAUGAUUGGUUUCGACAAAACACAGUAAAGGUGGAACAAAAAUGCAACCUGUAUCUAAGAGGGUCGUGGAAUAAGAUGGUGGAGUUUUUGAAGGUUGAGACAGAGGAGUGGGCGGAAGCUGAUGUGGUAACGGAGUUAAUGAUAGAAAAUAUCCGUUUGUUCAACCUGCACUUUGAGGAGACAUGCACAAUUCAAUCUACAUGGACUGUCUCUGAUAAACUACUGAGGGAACAAAUAAUAAAAUCCAUUGAAGGGUUCUUGUUGCCAGAAUAUGGAAAAUUUUGUAACAGCUUUCUAGCUGUUCUUGGUAAUCAAGCUUACGAGUAUAUUAAGUUUGGAUUUAUAGACAUUCAAAAUUGUCUCAGCCAUUUGUUUCUUCUAGACGAGGAGAUGAAUCCUAAAUACAAGAAAAAUGUAUGAAGUUUGCAAUAAUAUAGAAUACAAAAUUUCAUUGUCAAAAGUACACUUAAAUAAAAUGUGU